CUAUUUCAGUGCAGAUUGGUACGUACUAAUGUCUAUUUCUAUGCCAGUUGGUUGUUCUGAAGUGGGAUAAUUCACCGGACUCCCUUUCCUCACACGAAUUGCGUUGCAUUCCGUAUUGUUGCUUUAAGGUGUGGGCCCUGCCGGCAAUUCACUCCUGAACUAGCAUCAUUUUAUGACAAGAUGAACAAAAGACGUGGGCAAAAGGACAAUUUUGAGAUUGUUUUGAUUUCUCGUUGCCGAGAUCAAAACUCGCACUAUCAAUACUUUGCAAAAAUGCCAUGGUUAGCACUACCUCUAGAGGAAGCUGCGGGAGAACGAGGCCAGCGACUGAGUGACAAAUAUGGAGUCAAAGGCAUUCCGACGGUUGUUCUUGUCGACGAUUUGGGCCAGACUAUCACCACAGAAGCGAGAAACAAAAUCCCCGCCGAUAGAGCUGGUAUUGGUUUCCCAUGGCGAAAUCCAGCUUCUCAGCUUUACAAUGCUCUGGUCCCUCGUAGCCUCCGUAUGAUGAUUAAGCUCCAGAUUGAUACAAUCAAAUCGAAAGUAGUGCAAAAAGUAUUGGGAUUGGUUGGGAGAGGGAAAAAAUAGGUUUGAUACAACUUUUUCUUGUURAAAAUCUAAACAAAAGUAUUCAUAGAAA